AUGAGACAGGCGAAAUUCUCCACCGAGUGGUGGGACUAUGUGUCCAAAUAUUUGGACGAGUGCCCAGCAACCGGCAGCGACCCUCUCCACACUUUUGGCGAGAAGUGCUCCGAGCGCUUGAUGCACCAGGUUGGGCUCGAUGUGGAAAAGGUCGAGGAGUGCAUAAGGAACACGAAGGAAGACAAGCUGGCGUACCAACGGGAGAACAGCGCGUCGGCGCCUCAAAGGAAUCCUCUGUGCGCAGAGCAGACGCCCAACGACUUCUCGAUGAACGAUGCCUUUAAUAGCGCUGUGGAUGUGGACACUGAGGUAUUGAACACAGAAAUCAAGUUGUUUUCAUUAGCUUCCUACCAUCUAGUAUAG